AAUAAUUCUAUAAAGAAAUUAGCGACACAAAUCUCGACUGCAGUGGAGAAGCUGAGAGAAAUUUCUCUCCGAUACUCAGAAUUGAAACAGCGUUGUGCUGGUAAUAGAGCAAGUCGGAAUGAACCUAGUCCUACUCCUGAUAAUCCUACUAACGAAUUCUAUAUCACCAUCACCGAAAAUGAAGAGAACAAUGAGAUUGAGGGUCGAUUCAGAAAACAAACAAAUAUUAAAAAUGAUCGCCAUCCAGGCCUAAUAGCAUUCAAAAUCACGGCUUUGAAACCGAACAAAUCUAAGAGGAUACAGGAAAUUAUCGCCGAAACAAAAUCGCAAGAAAUAACGGUGGGGAUGUCCUUGACGAAUCUCAAGUACCCAGCAGAAGGCACACAGGUCCCACCAACCACAGAAGCCCCACCAAUCACGUUGGGGAUGUCCUUUACGAAACUCAAAUGCCCAGCAGAAGACACACAGGUCCCACCAACCAAAGAAGCCCCGCCGACCACGGUGGAAAUAUCCUUGACGAAACUCAAAUGCCAAGCAGAAGACACACAGGUCCCACCAACCAUAGAAGCCCCACCAACCAAAGAAGCCCCGCCGACCACGGUGGAAAUAUCCUUGACGAAACUCAAAUGCCAAGCAGAAGACACACAGGUCCCACCAACCAUAGAAGCCCCACCAACCACGGUGGGGAUGUCCUUUACGAAACUCAAAUGUCCAACAGAAGUCGCACAGGUCCCACCAACCAUAGAAGCCUCACCAACCUCGGUGAGGAUGUCCUUUACGAAACUAAAAUGCCCAACAGAAGACACACAGGUCCCACCAACCAUAGAAGCCCCACCAACCACGGUGGGGAUGUCCUUUACGAAACUCAAAUGCCCAGCAGAAGACGCACAGGUCCCACAAACCAUAGAAGCCCCACCAACCACGGUGGGGAUGUCCUUGACGAAACUCAAAUGCCCAGCAGAAGACACACAGGUCCCACCAACCACAGAAGCCCCACCAACCACAGAAGCCCUACCGACCACAGAGGCCCCACUGACCACAAUGGCCCCACCGGCCACAGAGGCCCCACCGACCACAGAGGCCCCACCGACCACAGAGGCCGAACCGACCACAGAGACCCUACCGACGACAGAGACCCCACCGAACACGGAGGCCCCAUCGAACACAGAGGUCCCACCGACCACAGAGGCCCCACCGACCACAGAGGCCCUGCCGGCCAAGGAAGAGACUACAGACCCCAUUGAAGCAGAAGAACCACGGAAAUUGUCAUGUGCCAAGUACAUCAGCAAUUUAUUCAGCAAAAAACUCAAGUGCACAGAAGACACACAGGUCCCACCAAUCAUAGAAGCAUCACCAACCACGGACGGGAUGUCCUUGACGAAACUCAAAUGCCCAGCAGAAAACACACAGGUCCCACCAACCAUAGAAGCUUCACCAACCACGGUGGGGAUGUCCUUUACGAAACUCAAAUGCCCAACAGAAGACACACAGGUCCCACCAACCAUAGAAGCUUCACCGACCACGGUGGAGAUGUCCUUGGCGAAACUCAAAUGCCCAGCAGAAGACACACAGGUCCCACCAACCACGGUAGGGAUGUCCUUGACGAAACUCAAAUGCCCAACAGAAGACACACAGGUCCCACCAACCACAGAAGCCCCACCAACCACAGAAGCCCUACCGACCACAGAGGCCCCACUGACCACAAUGGUCCCACCGGCCACAGAGGCCCCACCGACCACAGAGGCCCCACCGACCACAGAGGCCCUACCGACCACAGAGACCCUACCGACCACAGAGACCCCACCGAACACGGAGGCCCCACCGAACACAGAGGUCCCACCGACCACAGAGGCCCCACCGACCACAGAGGCCCUGCCGACCAAGGAUGAGACGACAGACCCCAUUGAAGCAGAAGAACCACGGAAAUUGUCAUGUGCCAAGUACAUCAGCAAUUUAUUCAGCAAAAAACUCAAAUGCAGUGAAGACACACAGGUCCCACCAAUCAUAGAAGCAUCACCAACCACGGAGGGGAUGUCCUUGACGAAACUCAAAUGCCCAGCAGAAAACACACAGGUCCCACCAACCAUAGAAGCCUCACCAACCACGGUGGGGAUGUCCUUUACGAAACUCAAAUGCCCAACAGAAGACACACAGGUCCCACCAACCAUAGAAGCCCCACCGACCACGGUGGAGAUGUCCUUGGCGAAACUCAAAUGCCCAGCAGAAGACACACAGGUCCCACCAAUCAUAGAAGCAUCACCAGCCACGGAGGGGAUGUCCUUGACGAAACUCAAAUGCCCAGCAGAAGACACACAGGUCCCACCAACCACAGAAGCCCCACCAACCACGGUAGGGAUGUCCUUGACGAAACUCAAAUGCCCAACAGAAGACACACAGGUCCCACCAACCAUAGAAGCCCCACCAACCACAGAAGCCCUACCGACCACAGAGGCCCCACUGACCACAAUGGUCCUACCGGCCACAGAGACCCCACCGAACAUGGAGGCCCCACCGAACACAGAGGUCCCACCUACUACAGAGGCCCCACCGACCACAGAGGCCCUGCCGACCAAGGAUGAGACGACAGACCCCAUUGAAGCAGAAGAACCACGGAAAUUGUCAUGUGCCAAGUACAUCAGCAAUUUAUUCAGCAAAAAACUCAAGUGCAUGAUAACAAUGAUUGAAGAAACGCCUUUCCUAGUAUUCUUUAGGGGCAUGAAUGACGAUUCGGGGCAUGACGACAUGUGCUGCCAAACGUCGGGCUACGGCAUCGUCAUCAACGGCAUUGACGAGCCCCGAGCUACCCUGAAGCCCCCUGUUCAAGUGAACCGAGUUUUGGUUACUCUACCUGAAGCAAAUGCUUACAAACACCUAUCCAAUGCCAUUUCAAUAUGGCGCACCGCACUCUGCGCCACACACACAAUAGAAGAGAGUGAAACCAGCUGCGAGUCCUCUGAGACCUGGUGUGUUAAAGUGGGACAGAGCAACCACAGCAGCGAGAGCAGCUGUAGCUCCCCCCAAACUUGGUGUGUUAGAGUGGGACAGAGCAACCACAGCAGCGAGAGCAGCUGUAGCUCCCCCCAAACUUGGUGUGUUAGAGUGGGACAGAGCCGGGUCAACCGCGUCUUCAGCCUGACGAACAUUUGCAGCGGGAAGGAGAUGGAGAAACUUAGAUUGGCGUAUUUUUUGUUAACGGCGAUGGAAGGGCGAGUUAGAAGGGUCAAUAUUAAUAAGGGCACAAGGGGGAGUUUUCUAACAUAAACAAUUGAAAACCUGAUUCUCACAUAUCCUGAUGUUUUUGGGCUCUUUCAACCCCGAAUCGCUAGCAUAUUCAAUCCUGAUAUACUUUAAAAAAAUCCCAAAAAUUUGUGUGAAAAUUGUAGGUAGGUACUACUUUCCACUACGUCACGCACAUACAGGAGAAAGUUUUUUUUUUCACACUAAAACGUGACGUAGUGGAAUGGACAUUUUUGGACAUUUUUUUAAUGGUAGGAUGGAGAAUGCUGUCGAUUCUGAGUAGAAUGAGCCCAUGAAUGUCCAGAUUUGAAGAAUCAGGUUUUCACUAUUUAAUUAUCUAUUUAUUAUUAUCAAUUUUCUUUCCAAAACAUGUUUCUACUUGUAUUCAUAAUAUAUUAUAUUAAUUGUAUUAUUGCUUUGAAAAUUAUAGUCAUUUUUCAUGUGAAAAUCAAGCAAAGUAUGUAGCUUGGGUACAAUGACAGCUGUCAUCUAAUUUUGCUUUUUAAGGUUAUAAUUAUAAAUUGAAAGGAGAUUACAGCAGUCGCCGUAGGUAGGCAAUUUUGUGAUAAAUGUUAUUGUGUACCUAUUUGUACUUAUUGUGUAAAAAACAAGUUUUACUGUCUGGAUUAUAAUUAAAUUACUGUAAUUGAUACAUUUAUCCGUCUUAUAUAAUUAUGUCUUAUAAUUUUAUUUAGUGAAUUACAUACUCGUAGUUAAGGUUGUAAUGAUAAUAAAUAAAUAUUGAACU